UGGAUCCCGUUACUGUGGUAAGUGGCCAAACACGUUUGCUCUGUUCCCACAUCCUAUAUCUCCAGGCUACUAUAUAUAUCUUAAAUCCGAAAUCUCUUUAUCUUGUGACAUAUAUAUUUAAUCAAAAAUGUCCCCAAUCACUGAAACUAUGGCCGCGCAAGCAGCAAUUAAAGAUACAAUCAAACUAGAGACAACAUCACCCACUACAUCAAAUGAGGCCAAUUCGGAAACAAUACCUUUAAACACACUCCUCCGGUUAAUACCGGAUUUCGACACAGCACAACCCGCGCAAGUUUAUAGGUUCGUUCGCUCAUGCGACUCCGCUUUUGAAUUGGCAAACGCAUCUCAACAACCAGUGAUCCUCACAUAUACGUUAAAUAGAAUUUCUGGGCAGAAUUCGUCAGAUAUAUUUGCAAAAAGGUACCAAAGUUGGUCAGAGCUGAAAACAUUCCUAAUUCAAAAAUUCUCACAAACGAAAACGUUGACACAUCUUAACUUAGAGCUUCAAUCAUUAUUCCAAAAACCGAAUGAAUCGGUCACCGAUUACUUUCAUAGAGUUGACUUAUGCCGUAAUAAAAUCCUCGACAAAUUAACCGCCGAAGUUUCUGACGCAUCAUUGAUCGGCCGGAAGACCAGCACUGAGGAAACCGCCUUAAGCAUAUUUGUAAAUGGUGUGAGCUCUAAUCUGGGUUCGAUGCUGAGGACAAAAGGUUUCACCACCUUGUCCGAGGCUGGUACAUUCGCGAUUCAAGAAGAAAAGAUUCAAAACAUGAAUCACGCACGUCAGGUCCUAUUUAGAACCCCAGCUUAUAGUAGCACCAUUCGUAGGCCAACGCCACCGAUUAAUCAGACUCAAUCUUCACUUUCAACCGCACAACCAAACACAUUUAGGCCAACAAAAACGUGUAAUUAUUGCAAAAAACCCGGUCACCUGAUUUCUGAAUGCAGAAAGAGAGCUUACAAUAAUAAUAUAAAAAAUCAUAAUAUAGAACGCCCUACUAAUGCCCCUCUUCGCAUCAAUAAUUUAAACUUACAAGCGGCCGAGGAAACGGGCUUUCACUCGGGAACCGCUUCGAUAUAUUGCCCGAAUACCCCGAUGACUUCAUCAAGACAAAACACAGCCCCGGAACUUUACGAAACCAUGCAGAACCUACAACUACAAUAGAUAAAAAUACAUCUAGAUCUUCAAAAUUUCAGCAAUCUCCAAAUACUUUAAAUGCCGAAGUUAUGCGACCGCAAACAAACCCAGUCUAUCGGAGACACCUGCGCGACGCAUCCACACAAACUCCAGAACAAUCUAAUAUCACAGAAAAUCAAAUUCCUAGAUCCACUAAAUCGCUAAAUCAACCAGAACAAUCUAAUAUCACAGAAAAUCCAUUUCCUAGAUCCACUAAAUCGCUA